AUGGAGGAAUCCUUCACGGCCCCCUCCGACGAUCGCCCCGCCGUCGACCCCGCCUCCUUCCACCCCCCUGCAGUCGAUCCCGCCAGCGCCAACCCAUCCCGCUACCCCUCCUGGGUCCUCCUCGACAGCAGAGCCUACUUCGCCGACCGCGUCAACGCCACCACCGUGAAGGCCACGACGAGCACGGGCCACGACUUGGAGGUCACCUUUUGUCUCGCCCACCCGCCUGCCGUCUCCUACUUCUGCGUCCACUUUCCUGGAAUCAGCGUACUAGAGUGUUGCACCACUGAGCCCCGCGUCAUUUCCUCCGCCAAUGACCUCGCGCUCCUAUGCUUCCCCUUGAGAACUGGCACAUCCAGCACCUACGACUACUUCGUCUACAGGGCUGCCUCCGGUGGCAAGCCCACCAUCAGAUCGGUCCCGUGUCCUCCUCCAACCUACAGGCACUCAUGGCACGCAGCCAUCGUAUCCCGCGACGAUGGCAGUUUUUUGGUCGCUCAUCUUUCCCUGGGUCGGGACCUUGGGCACUACAACCUGCACAUCUUCUCGUCAGAGACAAACGAGUGGAGCACCAAACAUGUGCAGCUCAAGGAGCCUCCCGGUAUCCUGCCAAAGCUAACUCACAAGGUGAUCUCUCUUGGAGAAGGCACAGUAGGAUGGGUCGACCUCUGGCGCAGCAUUCUUGUCUGUGAUGUGCUUCACAAGGAUCCUGUUCUCCGCUUCAUCCCGAUGCCCAGGCCGCUGCCCAAGGCUGAUUAUGACGACGAGCCCCCGGAAAGCCAAGCAUUGGCCGAUUAUGACGCAGCACGGUCAGUGCGGGACGUCACCGGCUUCCCCAAUGGUUUCAUCGACUUCAUCGAGAUCGAACAUUGUUCCAAAUGGUCCAAGUUUAUCAACAUGAGGAGUUUCAAGACGACGGCCUAUCUUGAUUUCCUAGAUACCAUCAGUGACAAUGACCUCCUUAGGUAUCAUGAAGAGGACAUUAUGGAGGAUAAAAUUAAGUGUGCACCUGAUGGCUGGAAGAUCCGAACAGGCUUUAGGAGCAUUUCUUGGAACCAUUGGAGAAAAGGGUACAAUUUCCAUGUUGAUGACAUAUCAGCCGAACCACAACUUGCUCUGCAGCUACUUCACCUGUGGGAUAGUACAACUGAGAAAUGCAGAGUGAGAAACCUCAAGACUACACCAGGCUUCCCGACCUUCACCAUUUAUGGUUGUGCUCUUGUCCUCAUGUCUAAGGUGGGUGCCGACCAAGUCACAUGGAUGCUUGGUGUAGAUCUUGGGAAGAAGUCGCUGGAAGUCAUCAAGCCAUACCGUGCCUUGAGAGUCGAUUAUUACAAUCCGACCUUCAUUUCCUGUGAAUUCUCCAAAUAUCUUAAUACCGAUCCAAUUCAAAGGCAUGUUUUUUGUUUUGCAUUGUUCUCUAUUUUCUUAACAUUCAUACAAACUGAAAAACAUUUGCCCAACUAA